AUGUCUAGCGGGCCCCGAACGUUUCCUGCUUUCUCGCCCACGGUAUCCGCUGCUACCUCACCUAUUUUCUCUACGGCUGGCAGUGGUCACGGCAGUCCUCAAUUAGCGCUGCAGCGACGCUUCACCUGCACACUUUCCCAACAGCAGCAGCAACAGGCGCGUUUCCUUGAAGCCAGCGAGGAGUACACCAGUGCGGAGACGAGCACGUUGGACGACGCAGCGACGAAGUCGAGCUCGAUCGGCCCACCGCGAGGCUUCUCGUAUCGACGGGUGGUGUGGCGUUGUCUCGGCUGUAUUCGGAGCGUGCAGCAGUUUUGCAGCAGUCGAUUGCGCGAUGGACAGGACGGGUCGUCCGCUCGCCGCACGCGUCAUUGUGGGGCUCGAACGUCGUCGAAAGCCUCGGCGCAUUCUAACGAGUUUGUGAAUCUCGGAAUGCGCGUCAUCCAUCCUCUGGAUGAGGCGACGGCGAGUCGCUACUGCAACAAUCUCGUCAUCAACAGUCGCUACACGCUUCAGAACUUCAUCUUCAAGAAUUUGUACGAGCAGUUUAGCCGGCCGCUGAACUUUUACUUUCUGCUGGUGGCGAUGCUCCAAUUUAUCUCGGUCAUUGCCCCUGUCAGCCCGCUCUCCACGCUACUCCCUCUGCUCUUUGCCUUUACGCUCACCGCGGUGAAGGAAGGCUACGACGACGUGAAGCGGCACCGGCAGGACUUUACCUACAACAAUCAGCAGCGCACCGCACUCGACGCGGCGCAGAAUGCCUGGGUGUCGCGUCGAAACGCCGACAUCUGCGUCGGCGACGUGCUCCUGCUGGCGGAAGAUGACGAGAUCCCGUGUGACGUGGUGGUCGUUGGGUCGACAUCGUCGUUGUACAUCCGCACCGACAACCUCGACGGCGAGAUCGACCUCAAGCCGAAGGAACAGGUGCAGUGGUGGACGGUGGCGGCGGAGGCGGGGGCGCGGCAGGUGCACACGCUCUGCCCCACGCCCUCCCUCACGGAACCACCGCCACCGUCAAGUGUAGCGGCAGCGGUGGCGCAGCUGUCUCUCGAGUGCCCGCCGCCGUCCGCCAUGGUGGAAUCCUUCGAAGGCCGUGCGGACAUUCUGCAGAGCGCCGCCGCCACCACGCCUGAUUCACCGGAGCAGCGCGUGAUGCACGUCCCGCUCUCCCACCACCACUUGCUGCCUCAGUCUUGUGUUCUGAAGAACGUGGCGCAGGUUGUGUGUGUGGCGGUGUACACGGGUGACGACACCAAAUGCGGGAUGAACAAGCGCGCCCCACCCGUCAAGUGGGCCCAGAUCGACAAGGAUGUGAGUCGCUACUCCAUCUACAUCUUUUUAUGCCAGCUGCUGAAUGCGUUCAUCUUUGGCUUCCUUGGCUACGAGGCGAACCGCAACGUGCACAGGCACAUCUGGUACUUACCACAGCCCGCGAACGAGACCGGGGGGUCCGCCAUCAUCUACCCCCUGCGCUUCUUCCUGUUGACAACGGUGAUGAUUCCGGUCUCCUUCAAGUUCGUGGUGGAUGUGUGCAAGUACUACAUGGCCAACACCGUGGAGUGGGACAGCGCCAUGCGACACGCCGUCGUCGGUGACACACCGCGGCCGGUCCACGCGAACUCCCUGCAGCGCAUGCUCGCUGCGAUGCCCGACAGCGCCGGUUGCAAAGUCAAAAACUCGAGCAUCUUGGAAGACUUGGGCCAAAUUGAUUACGUGCUGUCGGACAAAACCGGCACGCUGACGCAAAAUGUGAUGGUGGUGGACAGCGUCACGGUAAGCCCCGGCUACCACAUCUCCGUGGCAUCGCUAGCUGAUACGUGUGUGACGGUGCCGGAAGCCCUCACCGCUGGGGAUGCCUCAGCGUUGUCCGCCAUUCGCCUCUUUGCGCAGAUGGUGGCGCUGUGCAACACCGUCGAGGUCGUCCGCGCCUCUCGCUCAUUGACGGAAGACGACGCGUACCUCAGUGGUGCACCGGAGGUUGUCUACCACGCUGCCUCGCCGGACGAGGUUGCGCUGUGCCACGGCAUGCGGAAGCUGGGUGUGUCUCUUGUUGCGCGCAAUGAGCGACGGGCGACGCUGCGCGUGUACCACCGCGGUGCUCCACCGUCACGACGGCUGCCUCGCGUGACGUCCACGUCCUCGGAUGAGAUGUGGGUUAUUCAUCACACUUUCCCUUUUUCCUCCGAGAAGAAGUCGAUGGGUGUGCUCGUCGAGGAGCCCGAGACGGCGCGGAUUUGGUUCGUCGUGAAGGGCGCAGAUGAUCGGGUGCUAUCCAUGGCCGCCUCGCCUCUUCCCUCAUCGACGGCGUCGUCGCCCGCCGAAAUGACAGACCCGCCUCUCAACGCAGACUGCGCCGCAAAGCUCUCUUUGUACGCUCAUCGAGGACUGCGCACGCUGCUGGUUGGCCGGAAGGAGAUAUCACACGAGCAGCUGACACGCUUUCUGCAGGCCGUGGAGGAGGCGAACUGCUUGACUGAAGGCCGGCAGGCGCGUCUCGACGCGUUGCGUGAUCAGAUGGAGAUCAAUAUCGAAAUUCUCGGCAUCACGGCAAUCGAGGACAAGUUGCAGGAGGACGUGCGGGAGACGAUCAGCGACAUGCUCGUUGCCGGCAUCAAGGUGUGGAUGCUGACCGGGGACAAGAUGGAAACGGCGCAGCAAAUUGGGCUGUCGUGCGGCCUCUAUCAAGCAGGAGAUCGUGUGAUCUGCAUCGGUGAAGGCAGUGGAGGCGGAUGCACGGGUAGUAGUACCGCUGCUGUUUCUUCGAGUGCAGCGCAGGACUGGCGACGGGACCUGCUGGAGUUCCCUUUGGAGGUACUGCCUCCGUUGACGGACAGCAAGGGCGCUAUGCGGCGGAGCCUGUGGCGGCUGAGCAGCUGGACGAAAGCCGCCGCACGGGCGUGCGGGAAGGAGCUUGAGACCCGCGUGCUCCGCUUUGAUGCGAGUGAGGCAGCCACCAUGUCGAACACGUCUCUGCUGACGAUGCAGCGCAACGAAGAAGGCGGCAGUGCAACAGGAGCCACGCGUGCUCAAGAGGGUUGCGGAGACGCAUCCAACACUGCUCACCGAGGUGGUGAUCCUUGUACGUCUCAGGGCAGGGUGAGUAGGGAGACAGUACGUCCGGCGGUGCUCAUUGUGCAGGGCGGCGCGGUGCUGGAGGCGAUCCUCCACGACUCGACGGUGCGGGAGCGCUUUGCACUCCUCUCCAGUCGCUGUCGCAGCGUCAUCUGCGCCCGCACCACGCCGAGUCAGAAGGCGGCCAUCACCCACUUUGUGCGUCACCGCGGCUUCAUGACGCUCUCCGUCGGUGACGGCGGCAACGAUGUGGCGAUGCUGCAAGAGGCUCACGUUGGGAUCGGGAUUGCCGGCAGGGAAGGUCAGCAGGCAGCCCGUGCCGCCGACUUCUCUAUUACGCAGUUCUCCGACCUGCGUGCGCUGCUCUUCGUGCAUGGGCAGCAGGCGUACGCACGCACCGCCUACGUCAUCAAGUACAGCUUUUACAAAUCGAUGCUCAUCUCCUUUAUUCAACUCGCCUACAACGUCGUCGGCACGCACGCGUCCGGCGGCACCUUCUGGAACAGCUUCUCGCUCACCAUGUGGAACGGCUUCUACACGCUGCCGCAGACAAUUUUGUACUGCCUUGACCGCUGUGCGCCGCGGGUGGUGCUGGAGCGCAACCCGUACCUCUACAAGCUGACUCGGCACGCCGUCGACGUGGACCCCGCUGAGUUUUUUGUUUCCUUUGUGCUGCGAGGCGUGCUGCAGUCCGUCUUUCUGCUGUGGCUGUGCACGCACAUCUACGGUGCGGCCUUUGUCUACGCGGGGAGCGGCGGGACGGCGUCGAAGGACGUCACCUUCAGCGUGGCGUACACAGCGCUGAUGCUGUCGCAGCUCUUCACGGUGUGGUGGGAGUCGCAUUCGGUGACCCCGCUGAACGUGCUCAUGCUGAUUGGCAUGCCGCUCUUCUACGUCUACUCCACGCUCGUCUACAGUGAUCGACCGGCCUUGCAGUACUACGGCGUCUUCCGCCGGUCUCUCGACAACGUCGGCAUCUUGGCUGCCGUGGGGGUGGCCGCAGCGCUGGUGGUGCCGAGCCUCAUUUACUUCACGGUGUUGGCCGUGCUGCACCCCAACCCGCGCGACACGCUGCGGCGAGCCGAGGUGAAGCGUCAGCGUUUGCUUCUCGGCGAGAAAGAUCACCGACAAGGACAGUCGCGGUGGGUGCGGUGGUUCCACGCCGUGCCGGAGUCACCCUCCAUCACAUGCAGUCGAGCUGCCGCUACACUUCGCAGUGAGGGGGACGCGCGGGAUGACCUCAUUUAA